AUGUCCGUUCGUUCAGUUGCUCUCGCGGCCCUAGUCGCUGCUGUCGAGGUCGCGAGUCAGGACGUCGUCGUCGAUAUCCCGAGCACUCUUUCUCCGCGACCCCUCGUCCCGGAUGUUUACGGGUACUCGAUAGAGCCUAUCUGGGUCAAUGACUACGUCAGCACGCCUUUCGCCAACACCCUCCUCAGCGCCAUCAAAGACGUAACCGGCAAGCCUCCCGGCAUCCGCGUCGGAGGCAACACAGCCGACCAGACGUACUUCCACCCCACGCUAUCCACAGGCAACGCCUCCGUCGCAAUCCCGGACCUCCUAACCACGAAGAUCUUCAACAUCACGCCUAGUUGGUACGAUGGCUGGGCGAACUACUUCCCAUCCGACACGGAACUCAUAUACACUCUCAACCUCGGGGUAAACACCUCCAACUGGGCCAACGCCGUAGCCGAAGCCAGCGCCGCGUACACCGCUCUCGGGUCAAAACUGACGCUCUUCGAGCUCGGCAACGAAAUCGACCAUUUCAUCAAAAAGAGCUGGCGAGACCCGUCGUGGAACGUAGCGACUUACCUCGAACAAUUCCGGAACCUAAGCGGACAAAUCGUCGGUUCGGAAUGGUAUAAGUCAGCGAAAGCGCCGCCGAAGUUCCAAUCAGGCGUGUUCGCGGACCCGCCAUGGGUUCCGGACCAACAAGACGAAAUCGACGACUUCAGCAUCGAGAACCUGACGCUCGCGGAAACAGCAGCGGAUCGCGAGGUCGUGGGCACGUACGCGACUCACCUGUACCCGCAAUCCACCUGCGACGGCCCGCGCUGGCUGCGCAUGCGAUUGGAUCUUCUCUCGAACCACACGACGCUCUGGCUCAACGUCUCGCAAUACGCGCCACAAGCCGCGGCCGCGGAAGCAGCGGGGUCGCACCUCGUGAUGGGCGAGACGAACUCGGUGUCGUGCGGGGGCAAGAGCGGGAUCAGCGACACCUUCGGCGCGGCGCUAUGGGGCGCGGAUUACGUGCUCACGGGCGCGACGAUCGGGAUUAGGAAGACGUAUUUUCAUUUAGGCGGGCAGAGCGAGUAUAGCGCUUUCACGCCGAAGGGGUAUGUCCUGAAGAACGAGACGCUGGGGGCCGGGAUCCGCGCGAAUUGGUACGGGCACUAUUUCAUCGCGAAGGUCGUUGCUGCGGCAAGGGGCGAGGAGCUGAGUGUUGCGGCGCUGCCCGGGGCGAAUUCGAGUGAUUUGAGCGGAUUUGCGGUGUAUAGUGGGAGUGGGGCGAAGAACGCGACGAAGGGGGAGCUGAAGAAGUUGGUGUUCUUGGAUAUGGGGGUUUGGAAUGGCACGCAGGGUCUGGCUAAUAACUCUACUCUUAAAGCGACGGAUGGCACUUUCUUUAGUCAGGGUGCGAGGCCGAAUGCUACGAUCACUGUUGCGACGCCGUGGGCUGCUGGGAGCAAGGUCGGUGUUACGAGACUUACGGGUCCGGGGACGAAUGCGAAGAGCGGUGUUGCUGUCUCUGGUGUUACGUUUGAUGCGCGGACUGGUAAGAAGGUGGGCCAGGAGGUCGUGGAGACGCUCCAGGUAGGACAGAAUGGAGCGUUGGUGAUUAGUGUAAGACGGGCUGAGGGCGUGCUACUUGAGAUUGGGGGCGCGUCGAACGGUACUUCGGGUUCUGGGUCUGGAGGUCAUACUUCCCCCGAGAUUUCAGGCGCAAGUGGGAAAGGAAUGAUGGCUUGGACUGCGUUGUUAAUGGGCGCGGAUGAGAAGAGUAAAAAGUAA